AGAAUGGAGCUCUGAUUUUUACAUUGCAGCAGUGGGGCAUUAUUUGAUCUAUUAACUCUACUUCUUCAAACAGUCUGAGGAUGUGGACACUGGGUCUUCAGGUGGUCGUCAUCUGUGUUUUCCUUCAGGUGCCAGGCUGUUUUCCAUCAUGCCUCAUUAUUGGCUCUGUAGCUAACUGUGGCUCCAACAACCUGCGCUGGGUCCCUCCUCUUCCUCCUCACAUCACCCACCUGUUCCUGGAGAUGAACCACAUCUCUGAGAUUAAUUCCUCCUCCCUGUCGGGGCUGGAGCAGCUGCAGGAGCUGGACCUCGGACGGCAGUAUGUGCCUCUUGUGAUCAGAAACAACUCCUUCAGCGGUCAAAGCCGACUGAGGAGGCUGGUGCUCGGGUUCAACAUCGGCCUUCAGCUGGAACCUCAGGCUUUUAUUGGACUGUCCGGUCUGCAGAAUCUCCACCUGGAUUACUGCUCACUUCAAGACACCAUCCUGAAGGAGAACUUUCUGAAGCCACUGUCGUCCUUACAGUCUCUUGACCUGUUUGGUAACCAGAUAAAGACUCUCCAGCCUGCAAUGUUCUUCUCAAACAUGACUCAUUUGAAAGUUCUUAAUCUCAAAUUGAACAAAAUUGACAGAAUAUGUGAGUCUGAUCUGGUUGGUUUCCAGGGGAAGAACUUUGAGUUUCUCAACUUGGGCUCUGUUCACCUUAAGGCUAUGUUAAAUGAACGUUUUGACUGGCAGAAAUGUGGGAAUCCUUUCAGAGGAAUGUCCUUUCAGACACUCGAUCUGUCCAACAAUGGGUUCAGUGUGGGUAAAUCUAGGCAUUUUUUCUCAGCAAUUAAGGGCACUAAGAUCUCCCACCUCAUUAUGUCAGGACACAUGGGUAAAGGGUUUUCAUUCAAUAACCUCCCUGAUCCAGACCGGAGCACGUUUCAAGGACUAAAUGAGAGCUCAAUCCGCACUUUGGAUCUGUCUAAAAACAGGAUAUUUGCAUUGCAACAGGGGGUUUUUAGUCCACUGAAAGAAGUCGCAAUCAUUGACGUUUCCCAAAACAAAGUGAAUCAGAUACACAGAAAUGCCUUUGAAGGUCUACAGGGAAAUGUAAAAAUGCUCAACUUGUCACACAACCUAUUGGGGGAAAUCCACUCUCACACUUUUGCUUCUCUGACAAACCUGGAAGUGUUAGACUUGUCUUACAAUCACAUUGGUGCUCUUGGUUAUGGCGCAUUUAGUGGCCUUCCCAAAUUAAAAGCACUGUAUCUAACAGGAAACUCAUUGCGUGACCUCGGCUUCCCUGCAUCCCUCCCUAGUUUAGAUUACCUCCUGUUGAAAGACAAUAAACUGACGUCAAUGAGCAGUAUUGCACGGUUGUCUGGUAAUGUCAUGCAUCUGAACAUUCAGGACAACAGAUUAACAAACCUUGGGGAUGUUCACAUGUUGUUUACUCAGUUAAAGCGCCUGAAGCAUCUUCUCUACGGAGGAAACACAAUCAGGAGGUGCAUGCUCAGUGGACGAGCUUCAGCAAUUGGUUUAAACGAAGUCCAAGUUCUGGAUCUUCACAGCAGCUCCCUGCAGGCUAUCUGGUCUCAGAGGAGAUGCUUGAACUUGUUUGACAAUCUUGGACAUAUGAUUGGUGUCGACUUGAGACUCAACGCGCUGAAGUCUCUUCCUCAAGGCAUUUUUAAGGGCCUCACAUCAGUAGUGGAGAUGGAUCUCUCCUCCAACAGCUUGACUUAUCUCCACAAUGAUGUCUUACCCAAAAGUCUCAAAGUACUCAACCUCUCCAACAACUUUGUAGCCUCCCCGGACCCCGCUGCUUUACGCUUUCUCAGCUUCCUCGACUUAAAUAUGAACAGAUUUCACUGUGAUUCAAACCUGAAGAGCUUCCUGAGUUGGCUGAACAAGACCAAUGUGACCUUCCUCAGUCCUGUUGAGGAUCUCAGGUGUGAAUAUCCUUCUGGUUUCUAUAAAGUUCCUCUGUUAGAUUACUCCACUCAGGUCACACAGCAGUAAAAGCAACAGUGAACAAGUAUGAACAUCAAGUUCCAUGUAAUGUUCAUUUUAGUCUAUCACAUGGUGUUUUCUCUAUGACAUGAAUUCAUAAUUGUGAAAUAAUGUAAUUUUGAAUAAAAAGUUUGUUAAAUCCAUUUUAUUAAUCACCUCCAUAGACCAUAUCAUACAUUUGUAUAUUAAAAUGUCAAAUUGUAUAUGAUUUUGUAAAAUGAAAUCAAUGUGUUGCUUAAUCUACUGCAACAAAGCAUUUCCAACAGAUGUACUUUAUAAAAAACGUUUUAUUUGAUUAAGUACUUUUGAAGGUAUCCAUACUUCCUUUUGCAUUUGUAGUCACUAAAUCACCGCUCAAGUAUGUGACCAUCAAAAAUCCAUCAAAUGCAUUCGAUAAAGAUGAAAUAUCACGUAAUUCUUUUUUUUUUUAAUAUUUUACAGUAUAAAAGUAAUUUGUUACAACUAAAAGUAAUGCAUUUAAAGCUGUAAUUGUGUUAAAGUACCACCAUUUUUACUUGUACUUAAAGUAGCCUAACAAAAAAGAAGCCUAAUAAUCAUGUAAAAUAGCUGUUAAGAAAACAAAACAAAAAUAAUGUCAUAUUAAUGCAUUAAUGCGUUAAUCAGUUUAAUGUUGCAGCUGGUAAAGGUGAGGACAUUUUUGUUCUGUAUGGCUUAAUCAAUAGUAAUCUUCUGAAUAAUAAUGAUCAUUAUCAUCAUACACAAGUGUAUUUCCAUCCUUUCACCAACAGAGGGAGCUGCAGAACAAGCCUACAAGCUUUUCGCUUUCUUGUGACUGCUCCAACAUUUAAACACAUUCAGCUUUCUGUUGAACCAGCAGCAGACAUACAUUCAUUCAUAAUUUACCAUUUAGUCGGCAUUAUUUUUACAGUGGUAGUAGUUCGUGUGAUGCUGUAGCUGUGUGACCUGAAUUAAAUAUGCUGUCUACCCUAAUUCAUGGCAGCCCACAAUCUGUACAACAAGGAGGAUUUUAACUAUAUAACAGCACCAACUGUAAACAGAGUUUUAAGGAACAAAGUCAAAUGAACACAAAUGUGUUUAUAGCUUUUCAUACCCAACAACUAUGAACGUUAAACGAUUAGGGAAUGGGUUUUCAGCCGCUUGCAGAUCAAGAUACUGUAUUUUUUUCAAUAAAUACUAUACUGUGUUUUACUGCAGUAUAUGUGCUCAUAUCGUGA